CGAGCUCUUGUGUUGUACUCUUGCAUCUGUAUUCUUCCAUCUUUCCUCGUUUUACACUCUUUAAAGAAGUAAACACCCCUCUCUGAGUCUCUCACCUCACCACCACCCACCUGAACAAUUUCCCUGCACCCAACACGGUUUCAAAUAUCACUCCCCUAUAAAACAUCCUUAAAAACGGUUAAACACCCAAAAGGGGUUUUCAAUUUCACGCAAUUCCUUCCAUUCCCACACCAACAAAAAAAAAAAAAAAACCAUCACACAUAUUACUACAUUAUAAUUGCUAUAGAUUAUGAAGAAAUUGAAGAAUUACUACAUGCACCUCCGGCACCACCACACGGCGGAGCGCAAGUGGGUGUUCCCACUCGCCAUCGGCUCCCUCCUCUCCCUCUUCCUCCUCUUCCUCGCUACCCUAACCUCCCCGGAGGGCACCCCCAUUCUCCCAUUCUACCGCUCCAUCACCGCCGCCUCCUACUCCGUCUUCGUCGAAUCCAAGCUCCGCCCCCUCCCCGUCUCCGCCCUCCCUCCCCCGCCGCGCCUCGCCUACCUCGUCUCCGGCUCCAAGGGCGACGGCGCCGCCGUCACCCGCGUCCUCCUCGCUCUCUACCACCCCAACAAUCGCUACGUGGUCCACCUCGACCUCGAGUCCUCGGCGGAGGAGCGCUCCGAUUUGGUGAGGUUCGUGGAGGGCCACGCGCUGUUCAAGCGGUUCGGGAAUGUGAGGGUUAUCAAGAAGGCGAACCUCGUCACGUACAGGGGACCCACCAUGGUCGCCAACACGCUCCACGCCGCCGCGAUCCUGCUUAGGGAGCUCGGGGAUUGGGACUGGUUCAUCAAUCUCAGCGCCUCCGAUUACCCACUUGUCACACAGGAUGAUCUGCUGCACACGUUUUCCUACUUGCCGCGGGAUCUGAAUUUCAUUGAUCAUACGAGUGACAUUGGAUGGAAAGAUCAUCAUCGUGCCAGGCCGAUCAUCGUUGAUCCGGGGUUGUAUAUGAAUAAGAAGCAAGAUGUGUUUUGGGUUACGCAGAGGAGGAGUAGGCCAACGGCUUUCAAGCUUUUCACAGGCUCAGCUUGGAUGGCACUGUCAAAAUCUUUCAUUGAUUACUGCAUAUGGGGAUGGGACAACCUACCUCGGACUGUACUCAUGUACUAUUCAAAUUUCAUAUCUUCCCCUGAAGGAUACUUCCACACAGUUAUUUGCAAUGCUCAAGAGUUCAGGAACACAACUGUGAACAGUGAUCUACAUUUCAUUUCUUGGGACAAUCCUCCCAAGCAGCAUCCUCACUACCUUACAGUUGAUGACAUGAAAGGCAUGGUUGGCAGCAAUGCUCCCUUUGCAAGGAAAUUCCACAGAGAAGAUCCAGUGUUGGACAAAAUUGAUGCUGAACUAUUAUCCAGAGGUCCUGGAAUGGCUGUUCCCGGAGGUUGGUGCAUAGGAAAAAGGGAGAAUGGCACCGAUCCCUGCUCUGAAGUCGGUGAUCCUAACGUCCUGAGGCCUGGCCAAGGUUCCAAGAGGCUUGAAACAUUAAUCAGCUCAUUGUUGUCGAAUGAAAAGUUCCGGCCAAGGCAGUGCGUAUGAGGUGAAGAAGAAGAAGAAUCAAAUGGGCUAAGGCAGUCUUCUAGAAAAGAUUAUUUUUCACUGGCUUUAGUUUACACGUGCUCAUUUAGUUAGGAUGAUCAGUAAAUUAGUGUUUCUUUCAAGUAGGAGAAGAAAUAGUGAAAGCAUACAGUCUUUGAUAUUGAGAAGAAAAAAAAAAGUGAGACAAAUUCUGGUGAAAUGUGAUGACUAGAGAGUUGGAUCACACACUGUAAUAGUAUGGUAUAUAUGACAGUUGACUCUGUUGUCCCUGGUCACCUCUUCCCCCCUAGCUUUUCUGUGGAACACGAAAGGGAUAAAGAGGAUGACAUGGGCGGGGGGACGGACAAAAGAACAGAAACUGUGCCAAAUGAAAUGGAAAUACUUUUUAUGUAUUUUUUUUUCUUUCUCUCUUUCUCAUAUUUGGUUUUCCAAUUGAUGUUGUUAUACGGCUAACUUUUCCUUUAUCUUUCAGUGAAUGCAUCUCUACGUAUGAUUUCA